AACGUGAUCCUUACGCUUCUUAUCGUUAGAUUGCUCUGCGAUCCUUUGAAAGCCAAAGACAUAUACUUCUAACAUCAUGGGGUUAACCUGGUUCAUCACCGGCUGCUCCAGCGGGUUCGGCGAAGCCCUCGUUCGUCAACUUCGAUCUGCAGGCGAUAACGUCAUAGCCACUGGUCGCAACGCCGAUACAAAGCUCUCACACCUCAAAGAAACUGGCGCAGCUAUUCUAGACCUCGAUGUUUCAUCCUCUCCCGAGGACAUCAAGUCCAAGGUCGAGGAGGCUUGGAGUAUCUACAAUGGAAUCGAUGUUGUCGUCAACAACGCGGGGUAUAUCCUCAGUGGGGCAGUAGAAGAGCUGACUCAAGAAGAUAUGGAAAAGUCAUUCCAGGUCAACUUUCACGGACCUAUGAAUAUCACCCGCGCCGUCUUGCCGUACUUGAGGAAGAAGGGAUCCGGAACUUUGCUUUUCGUCGGAUCUCAAGCUGGAUGGCACGCUGAUCCCAGUGCAUCAGGAUACUGCGCUAGCAAGUACGCUCUAGAAGGCGCCGUCGAGUGUCUAUCCAAAGAACUCGCCAUCUUCGCUCGAGGUCUGAAAGUCCUCAUCGUCGAGCCAGGAUACUGCCGCACCCCGGUUUUCAACAAGAUCCAGCAUGUCGAGGCUCGUGUUCCAGAGUAUGCUCAGUUUAAUGAAGCAGUAAGACAGGCUGAGGCGACUUUGACGGAAAGUUCGCCGGGAGAUCCCGAGAAGGCUGUUGCUAGGAUGAUUGAGCUAGUUAGGGGAACAGGUUUUGCAGAGGGCAAGGAGGUGCCUUUGAGGGUGCCUUUGGGUUCGGAUAGUUGGUCGAGAGUGAAGACCAAGUGCGAGGAGACACUGGAAAUUUGCCAGGAAUGGGAGGAUAUGGCGAAGAGCGUGGAUAUAUAGGCCAUAUCGGCAUGAACCGAAAUAACGAGAGUUUAAAUCGCAGGACAAGAAAUAGGGAACACUAUGUAUAGUGUUACGAAUUUUCAAGUGGAUAGAAUCAGACGGACGGAAAGACGAGACAGUUCAGACAAAAAGAGACGGGCAAUUUCUAUUUAAAUAAAAAA